UGACGUCACACAACCGUCAGAGCAGCGCACCGUGUCGCCAUUUUUGUUACUCUUUGUACGACAUUGUUAGCCCCUUGUACUGCUUUUCAAAGCACACUUUACCAGAUUUUUUGACUUCUUUGUCAAAUAAUGCAAGGAAACAGAGGCCCUCAGCAUAACCACGGCCACAACCGCCAGGGGGAAUACUUCAAAACCGAAGGACCUAAUAGCAAUGGCCAACAGCCGGAGACCAGCGAGCAGACCAACCCCAACGCGGCCUUAACCAUGGACCUGCAGAGCUUCAGGAAACCCGGAGAAAAGACCUUCACACAGCGGAGCAGGCUGUUUGUGGGAAACCUACCCACAGGCGUCACAGAAGAUGACCUGGAGAAGCUGUUUGCAAAGUAUGGUAAAGCCAGUGAGAUUUUUAUUAACAAAGAAAGAGGCUUCGGCUUCAUCCGCCUGGAAACCAGGAUCAUAGCUGAGAUCGCCAGAGCCGAGCUGGAUGAUCAUGUAUUCAGGGGCAGACCUAUCCGAGUCAAGUUUGCUACGCACGGUGCCGCUUUGAGUGUAAAGAAUUUACCAGAGUUUGCCUCCAACGAUCUCCUGGAAGAAGCUUUCGCUAUUUUCGGGCAGGUGGAGAGGGCGGUGGUGAUUGUGGAUGACAGGGGGAGGCCCACGGGGAAAGGCAUCGUCGAGUUCACCUCAAAGCCCGCAGCCAGGAAGGCUCUGGAUAAAUGCAAUGAUGGUGCCUAUCUUCUCACAGCCUUCCCCCGACCCAUUACAGUGGAGCCCAUGGAACAGUUCGACGAAGAUGAAGGACUGACCGAGAAGUUGAUCAACAAGAACCAACAGUAUCACAAAGAACGGGAGCAGCCACCGCGUUUUGCUCAGCCGGGCUCCUUUGAGUAUGAAUAUGCAAUGCGUUGGAAAGCCCUGAUGGAGAUGGAGAAGCAGCAGUACGAGAUGGUGGACCGCAACAUGAAAGAAGCUCAAGAGAAGCUGGAGGCUGAGAUGGAGGCAGCCAGACACGAGCAUCAAGUGAUGCUGAUGAGGCAAGACCUGCUGAGGCGGCAGGAGGAGCUGCGCCGGAUGGAAGAGCUCCACAACCAAGAGGUGCAGAAGAGGAAGCAAGCGGAGCUCCGGCAGGAGGAGGAACGCCGGCGGAGGGAGGAGGAGAUGAGGAUGCGCAACGAGGAGAUGAUGAAGAGGCAGCAGGAGGGUUUCAGAACCAACUUUUCUGAAAACAGAGAACAAGAUAUGAUGAUGCACAUGGGUGGUCACGGGUUGGGCAUGAACAGAAAUUCCCUAGGUGGGAAUUCUGGACCUGCCAAUGCUGCUGCUAUGGCUACAGAUAGCGCUCCGAUGAUGGCAGGUCCAGCAAACAACAUGCCUGUAGGAGGACAGAGCGGCUUCCCCCGAGGCCUUCCGGGGCCUGGAGACUAUAACAAGCAGCGGAGAUUUUGAAGAGCUUCUUCCCUUGUCUUACUAUGCUCACUGUAAUUUUCCAUUUUGGGUAGAAAGUGUUACUUUUGGACUUUGAAAUGUGCAUGUGUUUUUUUUUCUACCGUUUUUAUUUGUCCUUUUCAUUUUAUUUUAGUACUAAUAUGUCAUAACUCCAAAUGAGCCAUGCAUUUUCAAUUGUUUCUUACAUUCACUAGAUAGAGAUGGAAAAUGUUUCUUUGUCCUAAAUAUGUCAACUUUUCUGGAAUAAAGUCAUGAUUCCUUAAAAAAAA